UCUGAUACAUGCAACACGAACACGUUCCUCAAAUAGUUUUGUAUUCUGGAACUUUAUAUAAGAGUCCUUGAUCUGAAUCCAAUUAGGGAUAGAAAAACAUUAAUGGAAACAACAGAAACAUCAAGAGUGAGCCACGAGCUCCCAGUAACAACCACCGAUUCAAGCGGAUCAACCGCAAAGAAACUGACUUUGGUCCCUUUGAUUUUCCUUAUUUACUUCGAAGUCGCAGGUGGGCCGUUUGGAGAAGAACCGGCGGUUCAAGCGGCUGGACCGCUUCUAGCGAUUCUUGGUUUCCUCAUUUUCCCUUUCAUAUGGAGUGUCCCUGAAGCCCUAAUCACCGCAGAACUCUCCACCGCAUUUCCAGGCAACGGAGGGUUUGUGAUAUGGGCGCAUCGAGCUUUUGGCGCAUUCGUAGGCUCAAUGAUGGGCUCGUUGAAGUACCUGAGUGGUGUGAUCAACGUCGCUUCGUUCCCUGUCCUCUGUGUGACUUACUUGGAGAAGCUAUUCCCUGUUCUUGAAUCAGGAUGGCCACGAAACGUCUGCAUAUUCGCAUCAACGGUGGUAUUAUCUUUCCUAAACUACACUGGCCUAGCCAUUGUCGGUUACGCAGCCGUUGUUCUCGGCUUGGUGUCUCUCUCGCCUUUCCUCGUCAUGUCGGCAAUGGCAAUCCCUAAAAUCCAACCUCACCGCUGGGGUAGCUUGGGAGACAAGCAAAAGGAUUGGAAUCUCUACUUCAACACGCUCUUCUGGAACUUGAACUUCUGGGACAAUGUCAGCACUCUUGCAGGGGAAGUUGAUAACCCUCAGAAGACGUUUCCCUUGGCGCUUCUUGUCGCUGUGAUCUUUACUUGUGUAGCUUACUUGAUCCCUCUUUUGGCUGUUACGGGUGCUGUCUCGGUGGACCAGAGCAGAUGGGAAACAGGGUUUCACGCAGAAGCAGCUGAGAUGAUAGCAGGAACGUGGUUGAAGAUUUGGAUUGAGAUUGGCGCUGUCUUAUCAAGUAUAGGACUCUUUGAAGCUCAGUUAAGCAGUAGUGCUUAUCAGCUGGAGGGUAUGGCGGAGCUAGGGUUCUUGCCUAAGUUCUUUGGGGUAAGAUCUAAAUGGUUCAACACUCCUUGGGUUGGGAUUCUACUCUCAGCUCUCAUGUCCCUCGGAUUGUCCUACAUGGACUUCACUGACAUCAUCUCCUCGGCUAACUUCUUGUACACGUUAGGGAUGUACCUUGAGUUUGCGUCUUUCCUUUGGUUAAGAAAGAAGCUACCUGAGCUAAAGAGACCUUACCGUGUCCCACUGAAUAUACCAGGAUUAGUGAUUAUGUGCUUGGUACCUUCAGCGUUUCUGAUGUUGAUCAUUGUGUUUGCUACUAAGAUUGUGUACCUCAUUUGCUGUUUAAUGACCGUAGGAUCAGUUGGUUGGUACUUCUUGAUCAAUUACUUCAGGGAGAAGAAGAUCUUUGAAUUCAACCAAGAUGUUGAUCAUCUUGAUUAUGUUAAUGAAGAACAACGUCCGAAACAUGAAGAAGAUCAUGACUCAUGAUAAUUAAGAAAGAACUAAACAGAACAUAUUCUUGUCAAAUAAGACUCUGAGUAGACAAAGCUACUAAUUAGGGUUUUAAGUUCUUGCUUCUGUAACACGUAAUUCUCUCUCUGAUAAAAGAGAAACUGUAUUGAUUAAUGAUAGUUAUACAACACAAUACAGAACAGAGUUUCAAGAAGACAUCAUUAUAAGUCUCUCUUCUUUCUUCUUUAUUAUCUUACACAAAACAUGAUGUGAAACUAAUCGAACAUGCUAUCAUGUCAUAUUUAGAGCGUUAGAGAUAUCAUGUUUGGUUUUGUUUUCACAUCAUGUACAUUUUAUUUUUUAAUUGAUCUCCGAUUUUUCCCCAAAAAAAAUUCAUUCUAAAAGAUUUUGAUUUAAAACAUUUUUUCUAAGUUUUUGCAUCAUUGAUCAAAGAAGCAUAAUUGCAUAAUGUGAAACCAAUCGAAUAUAUGAUAUCCUGUCAUAUUUUUGAUCCUUAAGAUAUCAUGUUUGUUUUGUCUUCCCAUUAUAUUCACUUUCUUUCUAAUUGAUCGCUGAACUUUUCCAAACUUUUUCAUUCUAAAAGGUUUUGAUUUAAAACGGUUUUUCUAAGUUUUUGUAUGAUUGAUUAAGGAAACAUAAUUGCAUAAUGUGAAACUAAUCGAACAUGAUAUCCUGACAUAUUUUUGAUUGUUAGAGAUAUCAUAUCUGUUUUGUCUACACAUUAUGUUCAUUAUGCUUUCUAAUUGAUCGCUCAAUUUUUCCAAUUUUUUUCAUUCUAAAAGGUUUUUAUUUAAAACGUUUUUCCUAAGUUUUUGUAUGAUUGAUUAAGGAAGCAUAAUUGUAUAAUGUGAAACUAAUCAAACAUGAUAUCCUGUCAUAUUUUUAAUCAUUAGAGAUGUCAUGUUUGUGUUGUCUUCAAAUUAUGUUCAUUUAGCCUUCUAAUUGAUCUUCGAUUUUUCCCAAAAUUUGUUAUUCUUCUAAAAGCUUUUGAUUUAAAACAUGUUCCUAAGUUUUUGUAUGAUUGAUUAAGGAACUAUAAUUUCAUACUGUGAAACUAAUCGAACAUGAUAUCAUGUCAUAUUUUUGAUCGUUAGAGAUAUCAUGUUUGUUUUGUAUUCACAUUAUAUUCAUUUUGUUUUCUAAUUGAUCGCCAAUUUUUUUCAAUUUUUUUCAUUCUAAAAGGUUUUGAUUUAAAACGUUUUCUUAAGUUUUUGUAUGAUUGAUUAAAGAUGCAUAAUUGCAUAAUGUGAAACUAAUCAAAUAUGACAUCCUAUCAUAUUUUUGAUCGUUAGAGAUAACAUCUUUGUUUUAUCUUCACAUUAUGUUCAUUUUUUUCUAAUUGAUUUCCAAAAUUUUCCAAAUUUGUUUUCCUUCUAAAAGCUUUUGAUUUAAAACAUUUUCCUAAGUUUUUGUAUGAUUGAUUAAGGAAGUAUGAUUGCAUAAUGUGAAACUAAACAAACAUGAUAUCAUGUACUAUUUUUGAUCAUUAAAGAUAUCA